UUCUCUCCUUAAACCAAGAAAAUGGCACUCAAAGUCCUUACUGCCCUUGACUCAGCUAAAACACAAUACUAUCACUUCAAAGCGAUUAUCAUCGCUGGUAUGGGCUUAUUCACUGAUGCAUACGACCUCUUUUGUAUCCCUCCGAUCAUGAAACUCAUCGGUCGAAUCUACUAUGGAUCAUCUAAGGAUCCUGGUCAAGUGCCACAGGCCGUCACAUCCGCUAUGGUUGUGACAGCCCUUUUGGGCACGGUUAUCGGUCAACUAGUUUUCGGCCGACUAGGUGACCUAAUCGGCCGACGCAAAGUCUAUGGCUUUGCUCUUAUGAUCAUGGUCUUGAGCUCUUUUGGAUGUGGACACUCUAUAUGCACGUCCAGGACAUGUGUUUUAUUCAGUCUUGGUUUUUUUAGGUUCUUGUUAGGGAUUGGGAUAGGUGGAGAUUAUCCUCUAUCAGCGACAAUUAUGUCUGAAUUUGCUAAUAAGAGGACAAGGGGUGCGUUUAUUGCUGGAGUUUUCUCAAUGCAGGGAUUUGGAAUACUUGCUAGUUCUACUGUCACAAUGAUUGUUUGUUCUAUUUUUGAUCGUGCUACUUCAGGAGGAAGUGAGAGUACACCUCACAGUGCAGAUUUAGCUUGGAGAAUUAUACUAAUGAUUGGCGCUGUUCCAGCAGGGUUUACUUAUUACUGGCGCAUGAUGAUGCCUGAGACUGCCAGGUAUACGGCUUUGAUUGAAAGAAAUGUACCACAAGCAGCCAAGGACAUGGAAAAAGUACUUGAUAUUUCAGCAAGUCAGAUUGCUGAGGAAUUUUGUGUUUAUCCAAGAAAUUCACCACCCUCUUAUUCCUUUUUCUCCAAAACAUUCAUUCAUAGCCAUGGCCGUAAUCUCUUUGCUUGUUCCAUUUCUUGGUUUCUAGUCGAUAUUGUUUUCUACAGCAGCAAUCUCUUUCAAUCCCAAAUAUACAAACGCUACCUAAGUAAAAAACAAGAGGUAAAUGCUUUUCAAGAAGCUUUUGAAGUUGCAAGACUUCAAGCUAUUAUAGCAAUUUGUUCAACAAUUCCAGGAUAUUUUGCUACUAUGUAUUUUAUCGAUCGAUUUGGGAGAGUUAAAAUCCAAAUGAUGGGAUUUUUCUUCAUGGCAAUAAGUUUAUUAGCAAUGGGAAUUCCAUAUUAUUCAUAUUGGAAUAAUAACACCAAUGGAUGGUUCAUGUUUUUAUAUGGCCUAACAUUUUUUUUCUCUAAUUUUGGUCCAAAUACAACUACUUUUAUAGUACCCGCGGAACUUUUUCCUGCUCGUUUCAGAACAACAUGUCAUGGCAUUUCUGGAGCUAUAGGAAAAAUUGGUGCAAUUAUUGGAUCUGUAGGUUUUUUAUGGGCUUCUCAUAAUAAAAAAGAAGAUGGUUAUACUAAAGGGAUUGGAAUGACAGCCUCGUUAAUACUUCUAGCUGGUGUUUGUUUAGUGGGAAUGAUUAUUACAUAUUUUUUUACCCCAGAGACAACGGGAAAAUCACUCGAGGAAAAUGAGAAUAUUAUUAGUGAAUAUCAUCAAAGAAACCCUGAGGGGUAGCUCAACUGGUAAAGGCCUGAGGACAAAGUCCUUCAGGUCGCCAGUUCGAGCCCCCGCAGGGUCACUGGAGGCAUUACAAACCGGCCGCGUCUCCAAGGUCCCGUGGAACUAACCGUGGUGCACGCAUUGAAACAGCGGGUCCCGGUGGGUACAGCUAGUCGGGUUCGUAAAGUGAUGCCCGGAAACUACGGUUAAAAAAAAAAUAAUAUCAUCUAAGAGAAUCUAGUGCUGGUACUGUGUAAAGAUUAAUUAUUUCUCCUAAUCUUGGUUUGUUAAGUUAAAUUGUUGCCUUGUUUU